GGCAACACGUUUGUGGCGCGCACUUUUUCUCAAUUUAAAAUGGCGAAUACAGGAAGUAUAAUAGAAGAAACGGUUGACGUUUAUACUCAGUUUCCUUACGAAUUAUUAGAAGACGAUUGGGUUAAAGAUCAGUGGGACAAUGGAUUUUUAAACAGUACUAUUGAACUAGCAUCAACAAUCGACCACGACCAACUGGAUAACUUGUUAAAAGAAGCCGUUAACUUAUGCCAUUCGUGGAUUAAGCGUUCUGAAUGUUCGGAUCAGAAUGAAAGCAGUGAUUUAAAUGUAACUCUGUGGUCUACCCUUUUAGAUAAUAAUAUACAGUGGAAAAAACUGCUUGCUCUUAUUUGUAUGUUAACGCAGAGAUCGUCCUCGCAUGGUUUUAAUAUUUCGGAUAAAAUCACCAGUUUAAAUUCUUCUGGACUAUAUUUUGCUCUCUUAGCGAUACCUGGUAGUAAAGCAUUUAGAAUUUAUCAUCCAAAUCUAUUUUCUUUGGCAUUAACAGCUUUGCGCUUACCAAGAGCAAAAAUAUUUUGUAGAAAAAGAGGUGUUCCUAAAGGAAAAACUAAUCCUUCGAAAAAAUCAAAACAAGAUAAUUCAGAUUCACAGUCUAAAGGACGCAGAAGAGAGAAAACAAAUAAUUUAGCCAAUGAAGUUUUUAUUCCCGAAGAAUCCGACGAUGGAAGUUCGGAUAGGCAAAGUGAUAAGUUAGAAAAUGGUUUUGAUGUCGAAGAUGUUGAUUAUUUUGUUAACGUUCUUACUUCUGUCAUGAAAGAUUUUUUAUAUUUAAUGGAAAAUUUUUCGCUUAAAGACGAUAAAAAUUCUGUAGAACAAAUAAUUCAAAUUAUGGUGGAAUUUGUUAGAUUAGAUACAGAAAAUUCUGUGAUUUUAUUUGAUCAGAGAUUUGAAGAUAUGUACCAUAAAAAGAAAAAUGAUUAUCAUGCAGUAACAUUUUAUGCUUAUAAAGUUUUGCUAACGUUAUGUAAUCAAUUGCAUGGGGAUGAUAUGCAAAAUAUUAUCAGUAUUUUUAAAUAUAUAAUGCCAAAUAUUUUAAUGUCAGAUGCUGGAGGUUUUCAAACAAUUCCUCAUAACAUACAAAUAGUGAAAGAUCAUUCUACAUCAUUUAUUUGUUACAUAAUUAAACAUUUUAAAGAAAAUGCUAUUAAAGGUGCUCGUAUUCUUUUACAACAACUCUCUGUUCAAACAAUAGAUAAAGCUGAAUUCAGGGCUAAAGUUUCUCAGGCAAUUACUGUUGUUCUUAAUUGUUUUCCAUUGGAACCCUAUGCUCAAAUGGUAGAAUGGUUUUUUAAAUUAGUCAGACAUGCAAAAGUUAACUAUAGAGUAUGUGCUUUGGAAAUAUUUUCACAUUUACUUUCAGAACAGGAAAAAGAAAUAACUGAUGAGAGUUUACAAUCUUUGAAAUCUGUCCUAUCUCAUAAAAAUAUUAUAUAUUCUAUUCUUAGUAAAUGUAAUGAUAAGGCACCAUCUGUGAGAGCAAAAGCAUUAACAAUAGUAGCAUCUCAGGCUCAAAAAAUUGUGCAUAUAUUAAAUUCAAAAAAUUUAAUACAGAAUGAUCAAAAUUAUAAUGCAGGUAAAGAGGAUCUUAUGGAUGAACAAGAUGACGCUUUUAUGCAGCAAGAAUAUGAUGUCAAAUCUGUAAUGGAAAUGCUAUUGAAAAGAGUAAAAGACACAAAAGUUAAUGUAAGAAAAACUGCUAUUCAGGUGAUGGAAAAAUUUCUGUGUUUGGAUAAAUCAUCUGUUAAUGAAAAAUAUUUGCAGGUAAUACAGGAACAUUGUCGUGAUCCUGCAGUUCUUGUUCGUAAACAAGCUCUUCAUUCUUUAACUAUUAUAUUUGAAACAUAUAAAGAUUCUGAUGUUACCCAACAAUUUUGGAUGAAAGGUGUUUUAUGCCAGCUAUUUGAUGCUGAAGCAUCUAUUCAGGAGAAAUGUUUAGAUAUGAUAGAUUGUAUUUUAUUUCAAAAUUUGACGUUAACUUCUAAUAAUGUACUUCAACAUGAAGUUGCAUGGAAAAUUUUAAAUUUUAUUGCAUAUGGAAAAUAUCAAGAUUUUCAGCGUUACUUGCAGAAGGCUAUUCAUUUAUUGGUCAAAAAGGGAAAAAUAAAAGAGUCCAUGGUAACUCAUUUGAAAUGUCAUGUUGGAGGUUCUAAUGAUCCUGCUGUAUGGUUACUUCUUGCAUCAUUUGCUCUUUAUUUAGAUUUUCAUGACACAAAUUUUAUUUUAAAUUAUUGGGAAGAAUGUAAAGAGAAUAAGAAAUCCAUUUGUACUUCAACAUUACAAAGAAUAAUAAAAGUAAUUGGACAUCUUGCUAAUACAUUUCAUAAGGAAAAACUAGAAAUAAUUAAAGACGAUCUUGAAUUACAGAUAAAAAAAUUUCUAUGUAUACCAGAAUUAAUUGCUUCAAGUGUUGAAACAUUAUGUAAUAUUUACAUUGCAUUAUAUAGUCAGAGCACAGAAAAUCAAAAAAAAAUAAAAUCAUUCAGUAAGGAAGUUAUUACAGAUUGUGAUACAUAUUUAUCUAGUGUAAUUUUAGAGAAGUUGGAUGAUAUAAAUUCUUAUACUGAAGAACAAAUAAUAAAAAGACUGUUUACCUUAGGUGAAUUAGCACAGCUCUCUCCCAAUAGCAUACCAUCACGUUUAUUUUUAAUAAUUCAAAGUGUUGUUGCUUCUGGUUUCAAUGAUGAUAUAGAUUCUAACCAAAAAAGCCAAGCAAAUUCUCAAUCUAAUACUAUAGUUCCAUCUCAAUAUAAUGGAAACAAAAUUACAUCUAAGGUACGAGCACAUGCCUUCAUUGCUCUUGGUAAGCUGUGCUUGCAGAAUGAAAAUUUUGCAAAAAAGUCAAUUGCAGCUCUUGCAAAAGAAUUAGUUUCUUCUUCUGAUCCUAUUAUCAGAAAUAAUAUUGUCAUCAUUAUGGCAGAUCUUAGUGUCAGAUAUACAUUACUUGUUGAUCCUUAUAUAUCUUCAAUAACAGCAUGUCUGAAGGAUUCUUCACCCUUUGUACGAAAGCAAACUUUGAUUCUUUUAACCCAGCUUUUACAAGAAGAUUAUAUAAAAUGGAAAGGUACUUUAUUUUUUCGUAUGCUAAUUACUUUAAUAGACGAAAACAAUGAAAUUCAGAAUUUCGUCAGAUACAGUUUGGGCCAUUUGUUAUUACAAAGACAUCCUCAUAUGUUUUUUCAACAUUUUGUAGAAUCUAUAUUUUUUUAUAAUUGCUAUACUUCUCAUUCUUCUUACAACAAAUUCACACAGAGGAAGGAAGAAGUAGAGUUAUUUGCAUUGAAUGGUCCUAAAAAUAAAUGCAACAGAAUGAUAUUAUAUAAAUUUAUGUUAGAAAAUAUGAAGGAUGAAGAGAGAUUUAAACUGAAUUUGAAAUUAUGUCAAGAUAUUUUAAGUGCUGUACCAGAAACAAUUCCUUUAAAUCAGGAGAGUGCAGGUCUUCUUCAGGAUGCACUUUCAAUUUUAUGUUGUGAUGAAAUCAAAUUAACAACACUCACAUCAUCUGUCCAGGAUGAAGUGGAAGAUGGUGAUGUAGCUGCAGCUAUUGUAGCUACUGCACAAAAGACAAUUAUUUCACAUAUGGUAAAGAAGAAUGUUAUUGAAAAUAUUGUCCCUAUUGUAAUAGCAUUAAAGCAUAUAUUUGAAAAAGUUAAAUCUCCUUUACUGAAAGAUCUCAUGUUGUUUAUGAGAGAAUUACUGAAAGAUUAUAAAAAUGAACUUAAAGAGAUUAUGGCAGCAGAUAAGCAAUUAGCCAAAGAAAUAGAAUUUGAUCUUCGUAGAUUUGAACAAAAUCAGGAAGAAGAAAUGCAAGAAGUUACUAAUGUGCAACAAGAAGACAAGAACAAAGGAGAAAAAUCAAUAAAAGAAAAAGUUCCUCAAAAAGAAUUAGGAACUGUAAAAACACCACGAAAAAAUUCAGGCACACAACAGGAUUAUCCAGAUAAAACACCUGUAAAUGAAGUAAUGAAUAGAAGAAAUAGUUCUGCAUCUAUUUUAAAUUCUGUUAGAAUAGCAAAAAAAUUAGUUGAAGAAGUAGCUAAACGAAAAAAUGCAACAACAAUAAUUCCUCAUCAAAAUGAGAAAUCCAAUAUAUUACAAAAGAGAUUUUAUUCAGAAUUAUGUAUUAAAAAUCCAGUAAUAUCUUUGGAAAGGAUAGAUAAAAAAGUACUAGAACUGUCAAAUUUAACCCCACGAAUUUGUUUACAAAGAAAUAUUUUAUGUCAGACACCUAAAGCUCUUAGUAAAAUCAAUACAAAACCAAAAACUUUAUUUCAAGUUACAAGCACUCCUUCAGGUGAAAAAAACAAAACUCUUCAAAUGCAAAAUGACAUUAGUGCCAUAUGUGCCUCACCAAAUGCAACAGCUCAAGAUAUAAAUUGUAAUGAUUUGUCUCACAUAGAUUUUACACAGUAAGAAUUAUCAAAAAAAUGUGAAUGUAUUAUCCAAUGAAAUAUGUAUAAUAGCACUUGUGUUUAUAUAAAAUUUCUUAAUUCAUUUUUGUUAUAUAGUUCUCUUAUUUUAGUCAUUUAAUUAAGUAAUUUGACUUUUGUCUUUUUAUAUUAUGAGAAUUUAAAAUUUAUAUUUAAAGAGUUGGAUACUAAGUUUGGGGUUUUGUUAAAAGUGUAUUAAAACAUAAUUUUUUAUUUGUAUUGUGAAUUGAAUUUUUUCGUGUAAGUCCAAUAAUAAUUUAUUUUUUAAUAUAUAAUAAUAAAUUUUAAAAAUUUAAUUUUAAAAUAUUUGUACUGUCAGUUUAAAAUGACAGGUAUUUGAUCUCCAUAUUUUAAAUUUAAAAGUU